AUGAAUGAAGUCUGGUUCCAGAAUCGACGGGCCAAGUUGCGCAAACAGGAACGUCAGACUCAGAAUGAGAAUGAGAAUCAGGAGCAGGAAUGCCUGGACGCAGAGAAAACUCCAUCGGCCGGAAUGAACCGAGAUUGGGAUCGGGAUGUCAUUCCGAUUGGGGAUGGCUGUUCCUGCACGGGGAUGGAGUUCUUGGAUGACCUGACCUUUCACCAGCCUUGGGAGGUCAACCAGGACGAGAGCAUUCCUAGUCUGGGCCCCAUAACGAGUCCUGUGUAUCUGGGCAUGGACUUGGGACUGGAAGAUAUCCAGGCUCAACAUUGA